UUUAACAACUAUAUGUGUUUUGGGGAAAGAGUUAUUGGUUCAAUUUGAACCAUCCAACCAACAAUCUUUUUAAAACCAUAGCACAAAAGAACUACGAGAUUUGAAAAGAAAUCAAAAGGCCGAAAAAAAAAAAAAGCUUUUCUUGCAUGACUUAAUAAACCUACACCAUACUCCUACUUAUAAACACCACAUCACCAAUUCCACACCCAUUCCAUCUUAAAAAUCACAAUCUGAUCAUCACCAACACAUUGCAAACCAAACGCAAAGACAUGACUCUUCUUGCUUUCUUUCUCUUCACCCUCCUUGUCUUUUCUGGUUCAUGUUGCUCCGCGCUUAGGUUCCAAAGGCACAAGUACUACUUUCAAAGGAAAACAAUGCUAGAUUUAGCCAGCAAGAUUGGUAUCAACUACGGAAGACAAGGAAACAACCUCCCAUCUCCAUACCAAUCCAUCAACUUCAUCAAAUCUAUCAAAGCUGGUCAUGUCAAGCUCUACGACGCUGAUCCAGAGUGUCUCACACUCCUCUCUCAAACCAAUCUCUACGUCACUAUAACCGUCCCUAACCACCAAAUCACCUCACUCAGCUCCAACCAAACCACAGCCGACGAAUGGGUCAGAACCAAUAUCCUCCCUUACUAUCCACAAACACAAAUCCGCUUUGUCCUCGUCGGAAACGAAGUCCUCAGCUAUAACUACGGGAACAUCUCGGCGAAUCUUGUACCGGCGAUGCGCAAAAUCGUGAACUCUCUCAGAUUUCGUGGGAUUCACAACAUCAAAGUCGGGACACCUCUCGCCAUGGAUGCUCUACGAUCGUCGUUUCCUCCUUCUAACGGAACAUUCCGGGAAGAAAUUGCCGGACCGGUGGUAUUACCGUUGCUGAAGUUUCUAAACGGAACAAACUCUUACUUCUUCAUCAAUGUUCAUCCUUACUUCCGCUGGUCAAGAAACCCCAUGGACACUAGUUUGGAUUAUGCUCUGUUCCAAGGGGACUCCACUUAUACCGACCCUCAAACCGGUUUGGUUUACCGUAAUCUUCUAGACCAAAUGUUGGAUUCGGUUCUCUUCGCGAUGACCAAGCUCGGUUACCCGCACAUCCGUCUCGCGAUCUCCGAAACCGGAUGGCCUAAUUCAGGUGACAUCGACGAAACCGGAGCCAACAUUCUCAACGCGGCUACAUAUAACCGGAAUCUGAUCAAGAAGAUGACCACAAGUCCACCAAUCGGUACGCCAUCUAGACCCGGUUUACCAAUACCGACAUUUGUUUUUUCUCUGUUCAACGAAAACCAAAAACCCGGUUCGGGAACACAGAGACAUUGGGGAAUCAUGCAUCCCGACGGUCAACCAAUCUACGACAUAGAUUUCACCGGUCAAAGACCCUUAACCGGUUUCAACCCAUUGCCUAAACCGACGAACAACGUUCCAUACAAAGGCCAAGUGUGGUGCGUACCGGUCGAAGGAGCUAACGAGGCUGAGCUUGAGGAAACUUUGAGAACUGCUUGUGGCAGAAGCAACACCACUUGCGCGGCUUUGGCUCCGGGAAGAGAAUGUUACGAACCGGUAUCUGUUUAUUGGCACGCAAGCUACGCGAUUAGUUCGUACUGGGCUCAGUUCCGCAACCAAAACGUUCGAUGUUACUUCAAUGGACUAGCUCAUGAAACCACGACCAACCCUGGCAAUGAUCGUUGCAAGUUUCCGAGCGUUACACUGUGAGGAUUGAGGAGGAGGAAGACUGAUUAAAGCUGGAUUACUUAUAUUGUUCUUUAUCUUUGUUGUACCUUUUCUGCUUCAUGUUUCACGAUGUUGAGAAAAAACAAAAUCAAAAUAAUUAAUAUAUAGUAGUCUUUUUUUUUCCUUACAA